AUGGCCCAAGGGCAGCUAUGGGCUACCUUAAGGACCGCCAUCGAUCCCCUUAACGCAAAAGCUAUGCCCAUUAUCCUACAAUCGGCCAUUGAUUUGUUGGAGACAGAACUUGCAAAUGCUAGAGCCGCGCUGCAGGCAAUCCAGGCGCAGCCGGCAUCAAUAAUAUCCUCUAUGUCCUCUUCCUUUUUAUCUACCCCUUCCUCUUACUCCAGUGUUGACAUGCAGGACUCCUCCAUCACCGCUGGCGCAAUGGCUGCCUACAAACACCACCUGAUUGGCCAAGCCACCUUGAUUAACAACCCUUCUCUCUGCCUGCCAUGUCGCUCUAAUUGCCCCGUCGCAUUCUUAGGCAAACCGUUGCCAACUUCUUUGCUAGAUAUCUUGUCUAAUUCUCUGAUCCUUGACCAUCUCGCGCCCUACCUGUCAAUCUCAUCUCUUCUAUCACUAGCCUCCACAUGCACCACCCUCCGCUCCAUCAUCAUGGAUACCCCAUACGUCUUCCGGUAUAUGGAUUUGACAAAAUGCCGUGGGUCUCAGCCACCGCCAUCAACAGGGCCCAUCGAUCCAGGCGGCGAGACUUGGAGGACUCAACGCAUGGAUGAAUCCUUGACUGAAGAUGAGUUUUAUGGAGGACCAUUGAGGGGGAUCUUUUCAGAUUUGGGACGUAGGAAUAUCUUGCAGGAUGUCAGAACUCUGGUCCUGGAUGGUCUCUCUGUUCCUGCAGACCUUAUUGCCGAUAUCAUCCUGACAGACAAAUUUAACGUAGUUAUACUGUCGAUUAGGGACUGUCUUAACCUUAACGAACGGAAAUUAAUGCAGACUCUUCAAUACGCUGUCAGACCUUCACGCGCCAAAGGUAUGCCAAGGGUGAAAGGGAUCUAUCAUUUCACGCCAAUGGAUGAUGCCCAGACCGCCUUUCAGGACAGGAAGCACUCGGGCCCCUCUCAACCAUACGGCUCCUCUGAACUUGAUGACAAUGCCAAGCAUCAAGGUCGGAUGACUUGGAGACAUCCAUGGUACAAACCGACCGGCAAAGUGCUCAAGAAGCCAAUCUCCACUGGAUGGGCGCAGACAUUACAGCUCUGCAACGGGAUCAUCUCCUUUGAUGCGGUUUUGUGUCGAAGCCCACAACAUCAGCCCUUGUCUACUGCAGCAGCAAACGCAGCAGGCAACGACAUGCAACCCGUAUCUUACUUCUCCCCAGCUAUAGCAACCGUUGCCCUCGGGCCCAGCGGGUGCGAGGGUUGCCAUUCCUCCCCAGAGGGUCCGGCAGUCUGGAAUCAUUCACCAAAUCACCAGUUCCCGCUCUUGACGCCCCCACCAAUGCACUCCUCCAGAGUCACCGCCGCCAAGUCACCCGCUGGCUGCUCAAAUGUGCCAAGAUUGCCUGACCAACCGCUGGUGCCACCGGUGCGGCCGGUGGUGGUGUUCCACCUGCCUCCCCAACCCAGAAAAGCCAACACAUCAUCUCAAGCUGCAUCAAACAGCGUCGCGGCCCACAGGCCCUUCUCAACAAAAGCAAAGAUUGCUGGGAAUGUGGUGCUACAUGCGGCGCUUGUAAAAUGGAAGUUCAACGGAUCUGCACAACCUGCCAGGGAGAGUAUUGCCUCGAACACAAUGACGGCUGCACCCCUACCAAGUGCGACUGGUGCAAUACGAGCGCCCGAGGUCAGAGAGCUCUACAAUAGCAUCCCGCAGGUUUGA